CAUGCCCACCAGGCCUUUGUGACCCGCAGUGACAUGGUGCCCAGAGGCCAUUGUGACACCGGUGCAUGUCAUGACCCUUGGGGCUGCCAAUCCCUGCAGGAGCCACUCCCACGAGAGCAGCUCUCUGAGGAGGCAGCAGCUUCUCUGGAGGCAGCAGCUCCCCUGGGUGAUUGUGGCCAGUGUUCACCAGAGCACUGCCACAAUGCUGAAGGAGGAGGAGGAGGAGAAUGCCCACGGCCAGCCCCGUGAGGGGCGGCCACUCAGGUCCAAGCAGCAAAAGGUGACCCACAGGCAGCCACAGGCGGCACCUCAGGUCACCUGGAGGAACAACACGCCACACAGCAGUGUCACACGGCCACAGAGACUGUCCGUGUCGGACCUGCCGCCUCUCCACGGCCCUCAGUUGCCGCUGGUACCUCCCUGCCAGCUCAGCCCUGAAAUGCAAAGAGCAGCCUCUGCGAGGGUCAAGCUGCCACAUCUGCCAGCUGCAGCACCAGGAGCAGCCCCUGGGUUUUCUCCUGGAGGCACAGCACGUGCUGUGGGCCCCGUGGCCAGAGGCCAGACAGAGAUGGUACCACCCCCACCAAGGGGCACUCUGGCUGCUGGUGGGGCCUGGGAAAUGCCUUCCCUGGCAAGGAGAACAGAAGGGCUGUGGUGUGGCUCAGCAGCAAGGCAGGGCCAUCACCUGCCACCCGUGCCACCCGCACACGGCCUGCAGAUCUGCACUGGGACCCAGCCAGCUUGGAAACACCUGGGGCACUCUGAGAUAGAGGAACUCAUCAAGGUGAAGGAAGGGCUUGGAGGCAACACCUGCAGUGACCUGUUUAGAGACCUGGGCCCAUACCUGCGUGAGAACAGGUCCGUCAAGUCCACCUUGAGAACCCCCAAGUGGUUAAGUGCCCGCCAAGAGGCAGAGGGAAUUCGUCGGCCAGCCCAGCAAACUGCACAGCACAAGCGGCUGUGCCCAGAGGAUGAGGAGGCUUUGAUGGAGCGUCUGCGGAAAAAGAGGGAGGAGCUGGAGGAGCUGGAAGACAAAGUCCAUGAAGAGAUGUUUAGAGCCAUCUUCUCCUCCUUGGAUGACGCAGAAAGCCCCAUGAGGUCCAAGUGCAUCCUCAAGGAUGCAUCAAGCCUCACCCUGGAGCCAGCUGCAGGCCCCUGGGUCCCGCACAGCACUUGCAGUGUGAUCGCUGAUGCCACAGGAGAGACACAAAUGUCCUCAGAACUUGUGUCUCUUGACCAGUUGCUGGCUGAGCUGUGCCCUGUCUGGGACAACUCGCAGUCAUGCAAUGCCCUCAAGGACUCCGCGGGAGAGACAGAAAAGAACGCAGGGAUUGCACAUCCUGACCUGCUGGCAGGCCUGUGCCCUGUCUCUGGUGACUCGCCAUCCUGUGCCGUUCUAGAUGAGCUCCUGGAAAUGUGGGAGGAAGACGAGCUCCAAGACAGAGCAGUGGCAGGAGAGAGUGACAGUGAAGCAGAGAGCCCGUUGCCUCUCCCGCUGCAAGAGGAGGAAGCAGAACCACCAGCUUCUCCCGUGGACAGCGAUCCCUGCAUUGAGCUGCACAGCGAGCCCCUCCCCACGGCCUCACUCGAAGACCCAAAUAUGUCUGUGGGUUGUGCCUUGCCUGCUGACCCUGCGGACGAGGCCGAAGAAGCUGGCAAGGAGGCUGGUUGUGCCCAGGUCGCCCCUCCCCAGGAAAAGCUCUGCGGGGAUGAGGCGCUGGCAGGAGCUGGCCCGGUGCCUGCCCAGCCCCUGGCACGCUGCGUUCCUGCCUGCCCCACUGGCAGCGCAGCCGUCCCGCAGCCCCCGGCCCCACGGCGAUGGCGCUCCAUGGCCAAGACGGCCCGGCGGGCUCUGCGCCGCCUUUUCUCCUUCAGCUGCCUCAGGGGGCAGCCGGAGGAGUGAGCCCGGGGCCAGCACCAGGACGAUGCCCAAAGACGCCGGCUCACCCUGAGGAUGCCCAGCUCCCAGGGGCAGCAGCAGCUCCCAGAGCUAACGGCAGCAGGGAGAGAAAAACCCUGGGUACACACCGAUAGAUGGGUGGGUGGCACCCAAGGCAGGGUGACAAGGACCAACGUGACACUGCUGGAGACAAGCGUCUGGACCUGUCCUUUGUUUGAUCACUUCCCCACCGCACCGCAACCUCGCUUUUCCCCCUCUUUCCUUCUCACUCUCCUGUUUCCAGUCCCUUUCAAUCUCCCUACACAUUUAUUGUUAAAUAAA